AAAAACACUUCUCCACGUUGUCACAAAACACAGACAGCAAACUGCGCAACAAGUCAUACACUGUGUGAGAAGAACCAGCGAGGUGUAGUAGCUAGCAUCUGUGAACCUAACUAUGUCUGAGCUUGAUGUCUCCCUUGGUUACUUUCUUGCUGUUGUGGCGUUUGGUGCAGCCUUUAGAGUCCUUUUCAGAAAAUGGCCUUGUUUGAGCUUUGCAGCAGAGUUCACAACAUCAUUUGUGCUGGUGGCAUGCUGGCUGGAGGUGCAGACCAUUAUAGAGAUUGGCGAGUGGGCAGGGGUACUGGAAUCAGACGUUACUCUAACCAUACGGUUUGUGGUGCUGCUGACCCAUGGUGUGAUAUGUGCUGGAGCCACUGGAAACCCCUCCCUGACUCUGAUGAAUUUCCUGCUGCUGGAGACCCCUACUCUGCACACUCUGCUGGCUUUCGCUGCUCAGUUCCUGGGGGCACACCUGGCCCUGAUUGUAGCUGGCUACUACUGGGCAAUGGAGCUCAAUGACAUGCACAUAAUUAAGAACCUGAUAUUUAGGGAGUGCAGCACAGCCCUGCGUGUCUCCCUGGUGCAGGGGGUCUAUUCUGAGUGUGUGUGUGCAUUCAUCUUCUAUCUGAUAUACCUCAGCCUGAGAUGUCGCUCUGCGUUGAUUCGGGUGCCUUUCUUUGCAGCUGUGCUCACCCUUCUCUCCCAUGCAGCCAGUGGUUAUACCUCAGCUUUCCUGAACCCCUCCCUGGCCUAUGGCCUUACCUUCUACUGUCCUGGGUUUACCUUUACGGAGUACUCAGUGGCCUACUGCCUUGGGCCCAUUAUUGGAAUGACCCUGGCCCUUCUCCUGUACAUGGGUCACAUCCCCAGGAUUUUUGCAAAGAAUCUGCUGUAUUCCCAGAAGACCCACGUACAGGUGCCAAAGGGGGACGGAGAUAAAAAGAAAAAGUGAAAGAAAGACAUCAUCCACCUCAGCUGAAGCAAUAUAGGACAUAUGAGUGUAUUAGGAACACACUACUCAAUUUUGUUCCUAUUGGGAGAAGAUAUUUCAUUAUGCACUGAGCAUUAUAUUCAACAGCCAAUUCUCUCCUUAAGUUACUGACAAAAAAGGUGUGGGCUGUAGAGCAUCUGUACAUUUAUGAUAGUACAAGUUACAACUCAUAUAUCGCCUGUGUUCUUACAGAAGUAAUAAAUCAAUAAAAAAUAAAUGUGUAUGAAAAAAA